GCCCAUUAUGAUCUUCCCAGCCGCUUGGCUUCUGGCCUCUUUUAGCAUCCCAAUUCUUGUACCUGUGUCUCUAUAAUCAGAAAACACUCCUUCAUCUCGAUUCUUUUAUUUCUAAACCCUAAUUUUGCGGCAAAGCUCUUUGAAUAUGGAUGAAAAUAACAGGAGUAAGGGAGCAUCAAAACCCUGGGAACUGGUUAUGAGUAAUUUCACUGAUGAUCUGUGGACUGAGAUUUUCCUCCGCCUUCCGUUGGAGUCGUUACUCCGAUUCAAAUCGGUGUCCAAAACAUGGUUGUCCAUUAUUUCCAGUCAUCGUUUCGCCUUAUCAUAUCUCGCAAUUGCUCCUAAAGAUGAUCAAAUCCUCAUCGUUCACCAUGAAUCAGGCGACCCCGACGACGAAGAGGACGGCCAAUUCUCACUCUAUCACCUCGAUUCGAGUCGCAUUUUAGAGAAUUUGCAUUUCCCUUACUCGCAAGGUGAGUAUCCCUUUAAGCCAGCCUACUCUCAACUUAUUGGUUCGGAAUGUGGUAUUGUUUGUGUUUCGGUUUGUGUCUACAGAUGGCGUGCUGCCAAAAAUAAUUAUGAUUUCUAUCUUUGGAAUCCUGCCACUAAGCAGUCCAAGCUCAUUCCCCUUUAUACUAUACCCGAUGAUACUAUAUAUGGUGUUGCUUCAGGCUUUGGGUUUGAUAACAUUGACUUGGAUUUUAAAGUUGUUAAAGUUAUAUCUGGAUGUGCCGAGGUCUAUUCUUCAAACAGAAAUGAUUGGCGAAAGAUUAAGCACGAGCUUAUUAAUAUCUCCGGACAUGUUGAAUUUCAUGUAUGCUUUCACGGAUUUCUGUUAGCAACGGGAUACUAUAUCAAAGGUAUGAUUGCUUUUGAUUUAAACAAAGAGGUGUUUAUUUGUGAUAUUAAGCUCCCUGUUGGUUCUGAUGAUGUUAAGAGUUGUCGUGGAACGCACAUCGCUCAAUACAAGGAUACUAUUGCCUUCAUUUCUUAUGAUAAUAUUAGGGGCAGCGAGAAGAUUAACUUGUGGACAUUAGACAAUGAGGCAUGUCUUUCUGGCGGUGGACUUGAGGCAUCAUGGACUAAAGUGCUCGGUCUUGAUGUAGGUAUACGAAAAGCUUGGUUUCACUCACAGGAUUCAAACGAAUCAAGUGGGCUGCAUCAUCUUUGAGGUCGCAUGAAUCUUCAGAAUGGGAAUUGGAAAUGGAUGAAUGAAAGUAUUAUCCAGUUAAUGAUAAUGGUGGGAAGUAGUAGCCACAAGGGAGGUGGAAGUGAUGCUUUAGUGUUUUGUUGAAUUUGUUUAGAUUAUUCUGGUUGAUGUAUUGCUUGGUGUGAUAUUUUGUUAUUUGUAAUGUUUUAAGACUCUUCUGGUUUCUUCUUCUUAUUAUCAUAUGAAUGUUGAUAUAGUAAUAA